AUGGGACAGUCCAGCGUGUGGAGUAGAUCAAAUAUUGCAAACUCGACUGGAAGCCUGGAGCUCCAGGGACUAGAGCAGACAGUUUUCCCCGAGUGCACAGAGCAUCCAACGCCUGCCACAGUCCAAACAAACCAGCCUGAGGAAAAGGGCCAAAAAAACAAGAGAAAAGGGAAAAAGACAGACAGCAGUGCCCCAAAGAGGAGCAAGAAGAAUGACACUAGAAGAAAAGAUGGAUCGCCGGACGACUGCACGGGAGCAAAUAAUGAACGAAGCCCCCUUCCUGCGCCCCCUCGCAUUUCUCUAAGAGACCUGAUGGAGGCUGAGACAAAGUUAGUGUUCGGUGACGAACAGGACAUUACCCACAAGUCCCUGGCCUCCACCGCCACACAAUUAAUGUGUCAAGCGGCUGAAAUAGGAGGGCCUCCGAGUGGACCUAAUCUCAGCUUUCUGCCUCAAAUUGACAAAUGGCUCGAUGUAGCUUUACAGGACGCCAACUCGUACUACCAACAGAAGAAAUAUGCCACUGCAGCCAGCCGUUUCACUGCUGCACUAGAGCUGUGCUCCAAAGGCUCUGUGUUUGAGAAACCUUUUAAUGCUGGUUAUGAAGACAUUUGUGAAGUUGCCAGCUUUGUUGAGUCCAGAAUAGUCGCCUGCUAUCUCCGAAUGGAAAGGCCUGACCCGGCAUUGCUGCAUUCUUACAGGAGCAUCCAGCUUAAACCCAUCCGUUUUCAGAACCACCUUCGACAAGCCAUGGCGUAUCGACUGCUGGGAAAUCCCUGUGAGGCAGCGAGGGGUGCCAUGAUUGCUGACUACAUUUACUGGCUGUCAGGAGGCAACAACCGGCACAUAAGCAAGCUCAUCAAACUGUAUUGGCAGGGGCUCCUGGAGGCAGCGCUCACUAUGGAGAAGAAUUUCUCAGUCAUGUUCACUCCCUGGUCUGGAAAACCAUCCUCAAACAUCAUAGAGAAAAUGGAGGAGGCCUUCCGGAAGCUUCAUCCAGCCUUCACAGACUACAUCUUUACUGACCCACGUGGAGGUCAUUUGUUGCCCCAGACAACAGACUGGAGUCAACCUUCAUCCACACAGAGUUACUUCCUCACCCUUGGCUUCAAAAGGAGAAAUCAUGGAGACUUCCUACAUAAACUGCUCCACAGGAGGUGUCCCACAUUCACAGGGCAAAGAUCUCCAUUCACUCCUCCCAGCUAUAGAGACCUAGAAAUGAUGUUUGAGAUGCAAGGAAAGAAGAUCCUGCCAGUUCUAGAUUUCAUUAAGUGCACCAAGCUAAGUGUGGGAUUUUCCCAAGGAUCUGGACUCAUAGAGCGACUGCAGUAUGCUAGUGUCCUAGGACAGCUGAAUAGGUUCAGAGAACAUACGCAUGUACUGCAGUACACACUGGCUGAGCUGGCAGUCGCACCCUACCUGCAGGACAUCAGUCCUUCUGACACAGAGCUGCUGCUGGCUCUAAUGGCAGACACCAUGGACACCCUUGAAGGCAAGCGGCCUGAUCAGGAACGUGUGUGGAAUGCAAUGCAAAAGGUGGAGGCAGUGAAGGAGAUGCUAUAUCAGCUAGAGGAGACCUACCUGAAGAAGAAGGCACUGAGAGCCACCAAACAGCAAAAGGCUAAAGAGAAGAAAGCCCUCAAAAAGCUGUCCCUCAGGAGUCCCGCCGUGCAACCCCAGGGCCAACCCAAUGCAGUGGCCGACCCUCAGCCCAGUCAUCCAAUAAGUGAGCCCCUUCCACCAGCCCACAAACACUUAUCUUCUGCCAAGAAGUAGGACACUCCACUGGGCCAUUACUCCACCGUCAGAGAAAUAAAUGGGCUUUGCGAACCAUCAUUCAGAUCUGUCUUCUUUCAAAUCAUCCCUCAUUCAUUUUAAGACCCACUCCUCGACACAAGAAAACCCCUUCCUCACAUGAACGUACCUUCUCCCGGGCACCUAUAAUGGGUUGUAUUUUAGCAACAUGAAUGAAAUAAGGCCUUUCUUCAAGCAGAUAUAGCACUGAAAAGGACUGUUUCAUUUAAAGGUCCCAUGACAUGCUGCUUUUUGGAUGCUUUUAUAUAGGCCUAAGUGGUCCCUAAUACUGUAUCUGAUGUCUCUUUCCGGGAAUUCAGCCUUGGUGCAGAAUUUCAGCCACUACGAGCCAGUCCCACAAUGAGCUUUCCUUAGGACGUGCCAUUUCUGUGUCUGUAGCUUUAAAUGCUAAUGAGGAGGAGAGAGGCGGGGCAAGGUGGAGGGUGGGUGUGUGGCCUUAACCAGCUUGCGCUACCAUGUCCUACCAUGCGCUAAUGUUGACAGUGGAUGUAUCGCAAUGGCUCGUAGACACACAGUCCUUCAAGCUUUUCAGUUUGACCCAGAAUCAGAUCCAGAUGGAGAAGCACCGGAUGAAGAAGCUGCAACUCAGCAGCUACAGUAGGACGUCUCCGAAUGGUUAGUUUAAAAUAUUGUGUCUGGAUACGGUACUUUAGUUGAUUUGUUUAUGUAUGCUGUUACAGUUAUUAUCAUGUAGCUAAUGCUAGCCAUAGGCUCGGAUGAAGGAACUAAAAAUAUACUUCGGUGUUCAUUUGUACAUCCAAACACUGAGCAACUGCCAUGCUUCGCUCGUUUGCAAGCCAUUAUGUCUCUCGAGGAAAAAAAAAUAUUGCGCUCGCCUCGCAUGGUAGUAGCUCAUUUUCUCAUGGGCGGGCAAAGCAGAGAAAGGGGAGGUAACCUUUCCCCGUAUGACGACAUAAAGGGAAGAUUCCAGAUUGGGCCAUCUGAGCUUUCAUUUUUUCAAAGGCGAAGCAGGAUACCCAGGGCUCGGUUUACACCUAUCGCCAAUUCUAGCCACUGGGGGACCAUAGGCAGGCUAGGGGAACUCAUAUUAAUGUUAAAAAACCUCAUAAAGUGAAAUUUUCAUGCCAUGGGACCUUUAAGCAACCCAUUCAUACUGAAUAAGGAUGAAUCUUAUGAACACAUUUAUGGGCUAUUUCACCCCAAAUUGGAAAAAAGAAAUAACUAUUUUGUUAAAAUAAAACUACUGUUUUUAGUACCAUUAUUUAUUGUUAUUAUUUUGACAAUUUUACUUUUGAGUUUAUUUAUUGUAAUCAUUCUCGGUAUUCCCAAUGAUAAUUCUCAUCACAUUACAAAAAUGUUUUGUUGCAUGACCUAAAAAAGCUCAUUAUGUGGUAGCAUUUAAAUUACCUGAUUUUGUAUGUGUGUGUAUAUAUAUG